UGCGCGCCGCCAUUUGCAGCCUUGGCUAUAAAUCACCAUCCCGGCUGGCACCCGUUGAUCGCCGAGUAUUACUGAUGGGGGAGAGACCUGUGUAUAAACAACACAGAUCUCUCCCCUGUAAGCUCCUCCACACUGCUUUGUAUGGCUCUGCAUAGCAGAGCCAGUGGAAAGCACACACAGCACAUAGUAAAACAGCACACAGUUAACGUUUUGAUCACCCCACAUGUUAACCCCUUCCUGCCCAGUGCCAUUAGUACAGUGCCAGUGCUUUUUAUUAGCACUGAUAACUGUAUUGGUGUCACUGGGGAUGUCAGUGACACCAAGUCUGUUCCCCCCAGUGUCAGAAUGCCCGCCGCUUUCCUGCUAUAAGUCGCUGA